GCAUCGCAGUCGGAACAAUCCAUUCCUCGUCGAGAUCAACUUCUACGUCCGUCGAAGUCAGGAAUGGGAAAUUCAAAGUCACGAUCUAAGAGGACCGGGAAGCGGAACGAAGACGAUGACAGAUUGACAUCAGCCUCCGUCGGAUCUAGAGACCAGCCGCUCACUGGAAACGAUAGCUGGACGGCAGACCACGAGCUCCAGCUUCUUCGACGGACUAUUGAGCAAGAUCCGGAGUUGUUUAUUUUGAACAAUCUUAUGAUGUCGAUCCAGUUCUUUGAAAAUUUUGACGAAGAAAUAGCGAGUAUCAGACAAACUCUGAGUUCGCCUUUGGAGGAAGAAUUUAACGCUUGUUUGCCUUCGCAAAAGCACGUUCUCGUUCCGGAUGUGCUUCAAGAGCACUUGGCGCGGCGAGUCGACUUCACUUAUAUCGGGCCGACGAUGAUACCCUCGGUGGAGCGUCUCCAGCCGAUCAGGGUCUACGUCGUCCACGAUAACAUCGAGGUCUCGGAGCAGAGUGUCGCGUCUCCUUACUGCUGCGUAAACGAGACGGUAACUUACAGUAUGCAGUUGAAGGCGAGCAAACAUAAAGGAUAUGCGUUGCUGCAGCGGCUGGAAGUUAAUCCCAGGAGGAAAACUCGACAGAGUGUUAAUGUGCUGUACAGUGACGGUGAUAGUUAUUACAAUGGUAGUAAAGCAAGUAAAGAUAACAGCUCGCUGUUUGUGAAUCGCGAUAAGAAAUCUGACGGAAGCGGAAGCUCUAACUUAACCGCUUCGUCUUUGAAUCUCAAUGACGAAGAUAGUGUCUACGAUGAGAGGGACAAUUUAAAUCCAAAUGUCGGAAAAGUUAAAAAGGAGCAGCAGAGAAAGCAAAUUAAUGGGCGAGGAGGCGGAAGAGUCAGGCAGAUAAGAGCUAAAGUCUUCAAUGGAACUAGUUCUGCAGAAAGCACCAGUUCUGGUUACAAGUCCAGUAAUUACGCGAUUGACAGCGACAGUGACAGUUAUGCAGUUUCUACCGUCGGAGACCCAGUUGCUGAUUCAGAGGGACCAGUGUCAAGCUCAGAAAUACCUCGAGAGUGUUUUCAAAUUUACGAUCCACGGAAACCGCGAGUGCUAAAUAAUCUUAACAGUAAGGACAAGAAGAUAAGAGGGAUUAUCCACAGUCGGAAGUAUGAUGUCUGGUACUUGAACAGUUCCAAGUUCAUGGAUCAUUUUUAUCAAUUUUUUACCAACGGGUUGUCUGAUUUAAUGGGGUUUGACGCAGAUGAAGAUGAAGGACCACUGGGAGCAAUAAUUUAUCGAGAUAAAAUAGAACCGCUGGAGCAGAUUAUUGGAACGAAAGAUGACCAGUUUGCUAUUAUACCUUGUAUCUGGUCACCCUGGCCAGAAAUCGCGGACGAAUGGCUGGACCGACCGCGGACCACGUGGCCUGACUACGACGUAAUUGAAAAAAUAAAGGAAAUUGGCUGCUACAUCAUUCCCGAGGGCUACACGGAGCAAAAUGGAAAUAACGACGCGAAAAAUCUGGAGUGGGAACUUACUUUUCCCGCAGCAGAACGGUAUCUAGAGACUUGCAUGACUUAUUCGCAAGUCCGGGUAUAUUUCAUGGCCCUGGUGCUCCAGAAGACUUUUAUCCGUCCGAUAGACUCGUUUGUGGGCCUGACGGCGAAUCAUAUGAGACAUCAUAUGUUUUGGAUGAUUGAAGAGCUGGAUACACCUUCCAAGUGGAUGGACAAUCGCAUGGGCGAGUGCUUGAUGACCUUCUUGGGGAAACUCUACGAUUCUAUUAGCCAGGAUGAUCCUGUAAUGCCGGACUACUUUAUUAAAGAUAAGAAUCUAUUUCCGGCUAAGAAAUAUCUGCUUAGAACCCAGAAACAGCUGAAAAGAAUUUUGGAGAACCCGGUGAUGUUUUUUAUUCACGCGAUGCAAAAUAUUAAACACAGCAGGAGUUUUUUUCCAAAGCUAGACUACGCGACGCUGCUCAGGAUACUAACUGACGAUAUUCUGAUGCUUGUUAACCCGCAUUUGUAUCCAAGCAGAACAAUUAAGGCUCAAUCGAAGAGCGCUGAGACGCUGGAACAAAUUUAUGAGCCUACCGGAGGAUUUUGGGACAGCGCCAAAAAAGAAAAAAAUCAACGUUUUGUUAGAAAAACUGUUACCAGUAAAAAUCUUAUUGACGCAAAAACUUCUUAUGAUCUUAUUUUAGAAAUUACGGUAAAAUGUGAAGAAAUUCAAUCGCAUAGGCUUUGUUUACUGCUGGACUUAUUUAUAAGACAUUUUAUAAAAAUUGCCGAGUGUUGUCACAAGUAUAAAUCGUAUUCGCAAAAAACGGUGUACAUUGAGCACUCGGAGCGACUCUGUGUGAUUUUAUCUAAGUACGACAACUACAAAGACGACGCAAAAGCAUACUUGGACAAAUUGCAUGCUCUGAAACGUCGCACGGCAAACAAUAAGUCCCAGAGCGAUCCUCCGGCGACUCCGGUGCGUAAUUCUGAUCAUCCAAUUUUCUCGGCCUCGCUCAAUCAGCGAUUUCAGCCUCCAGUUGAAUCUCAUACAAUUGUCAAUUUAGCCCCAAUUAAAGCUGAAAAUAGUAAUAAGGGUCCCUAUAAACUCGAUACUCCUUCAGUUCAUCGGAAGUGUGUCACCAUGGCGGUGGUUCACGAGGUAGAGUCAUCCUCGGCUUCGUCUAUUGAAGCAGUUGAGCUUCAGCCGAUAAAGAAUUCAACGAAAAAAGAAAAUUCGAGAAUCAUUUCGUUGGAAGAUGAUGACAAAAGCUCGAAAAAGGAAACGACACUACGAAUUGAUGGAAUUACCUUAAAACUGCCAAUAGAUAAAAGAAUUCCUUUCUCCGCCUCGUACCUGUUGUCUCCAAAGCAAGCAACUUCUCCAGUCGACGCCAUCUCAACACCCAAAGUAACAUCUGCUCCCGCUAGACGCGAAAAAGAAAACUGUGGUACCUUAACUCCGACUUUUCCGCAGCCUGCCAGUACAUCAACCGGAUCAACAGUUUCUCCGACGAUCAAACGCGUGGCCAUGGCGACGAAAUUGUGA